AUGAGGAGGCCAACCGUCUCGGUCCCAUAUACCUUUCUUGUUGAUCAGAGGGAUUCGAGAUCAUUUGUCAACGUCGUAGGUGGGAGGAAGUCUGCAUCUCAGGCCAUUUCUUUGUCCUGUAUUCAAGAAAUCCAAGAUUGGGCCACAAACUUUGUUUUGGUGGGGGAGGCAAAGUCUUUCGAUCUCUUAUGUAACUUUCCUUCUCUUGUGGACCUUGAACGUUAUGGUGUGUGUGAUGUUAAAUACCUCGGGGGUAUGAUUGUGGCGGUAAAAUUUAAAAUCGGUAAUGUAGCAGAUAUGUUCAAAGCUAACAAGGGUAUAUGUCAAAAAUGGUUUGCCUCAUUGGAUAAAUAUGGGAAGAAUUAUGUUCAUUUCGAACGGGUGGCUUGGAUAAAGAUUACCAGUAUACCCCCUCAUGCUUGGGACGAGGGCAAUUUCAAUUCGAUUUCAGGGAAUUUCGGAAAGGUGUUGGUCCAGCUAUGCUCCUUUUGGAACCGCAACGAUAUUUCUUUUGCAAAGCUUUGUAUCCUUAUGGCUUACAGAGCAAAAAUCAAUGAGGAACUCUUGGUGUUGAUCGAUGGCACGAAAUUCAAAAUAGGUGUGUUCGAAGUUGACAAUGAUUGGGUCCUUUUCAAGCUCUUCAUCGUGAAUCAUCAUUCUGACUCGGAUGAGGAGGAUGAUGAUGAGGAUUGA